GAUGUUCGGACGGCCAGAUGUGCAAUUUCUGCCACAUGCCCCAUAGUCAGGCCUGGCUGGAUCGCGCUGCUGCCCUACGAGAGCAAAGAAGGGCUGAGAGGCGACAGAAGUCAACGACGGAGUCAAGGAGAACUGUGCAGACCUACAGCGAUGUGAGAUCUUGGGAAGGAGGUGAGCCUCAUUUAGAACCAGGCUCUCUGCAGGCUCUCCAUCCGCUUGGAUGGGAGACUGGAGAAGCUCAAACUCUUUUCGUUCCCGAGGUGCCGGAUCGGAUACCCAUGUUUGAGGGAAAGGGAAAAACAAAGAACAAAACUUGGAAAGGCUCUCAGAAGGGCGGCACCCCAAAGGGGUCCCAGGGCAAGAAAGGUUAUAAAGAUGCUACAGGCGAAGCGCGAGGACAGCUUGAGAACCGGGAGACCUCGACGCGGACGGCCGCUCCAGACAUCACCAUCCAUGGCACUAUGAUGCAGCUUUGA